GGCCACGGGCAGUGUGGUCCCCUGUCUGUGUCUCAGGGAAGGCUGGCAGUGAGCCUGGCCUUUCUCCGACUUCCCUGCAUCCUGGUUCAUUAGGCCUCUUCUCCUGCGACAUGUUAGUGUUUCAGAGAAAGGAGCCCGCCCCUACUCCCCUCCUGUCUUCCUGGUGGCGCCUUUGCAGCUGUUCAGUGUGGGCUGGCCAGCUUUGGUCUGGAUUCUUGGGGGAACGUUCUCGGUUUGUGUUUACCACAUGGGCUGAAACACAGACAGGCCUGCCAUCGGUAUGUGAGUAAUGCAGACCGAGCAUGGACGUCAUGCAUGCGGGCCGUGCCUCAAUUUUGACGGAUAGCACUCGAGUCAUGCAGAAAAUGCCUCAGUGGUCCCAGCUCUGCAGGUGACACCUGCCGUAGGAAGUAGCGCAUGCUUUCCUGGCACAACAUCAGCAUCAGUGACAUCUGUUCCUACCCCAUUUGCGUUCCCUCUCAGAUCCGGUCACAUCGGACAGCAUGCACCUUAAGCUGCUGAAGAAGAGGCGCAAAAUGUGCAAGUGACGCUGGGAAUCCAUCUGAGGGUGCAUCAGGGAAACCAUGCAGUCAUCAGGACACAGGCUCCGAGACGUUGAACACCAUCCUCUCCUGACUGAGAAUGACAACUACGAUUCCUCGUCAUCGUCGUCGUCCUCCUCCGAGGCGGACGCGGCAGACAGGGUGUGGUUCAUCCGGGACGGCUGCGGCAUGGUCUGCGCCAUCAUGACCUGGCUCCUGGUCGUCUAUGCCGACUUUGUGGUGACCUUCGUCAUGCUGCUGCCUUCCCAAGACUUCUGGUACUCGAUGAUCAACGGGGUCAUCUUCAACUGCUUGGCUGUUCUGGCCCUGUCAUCGCACCUGAGGACCAUGCUCACCGACCCUGGAGCGGUGCCCAAAGGGAACGCCACGAAGGAGUACAUGGAGAGCCUGCAGCUGAAGCCCGGCGAGGUCAUCUACAAGUGCCCCAAGUGCUGCUGCAUCAAGCCCGAACGCGCCCACCACUGCAGUAUUUGCAAGAGAUGCAUCCGGAAAAUGGACCACCACUGCCCGUGGGUGAACAACUGUGUGGGCGAGAAGAACCAGAGGUUCUUUGUGCUCUUCACUAUGUACACAGCUCUGUCCUCAGCCCACGCGCUCAUCCUUUGUGGGUUCCAGUUCAUCUCCUGUGUCCGGGGGCAGUGGACGGAGUGCAGUGACUUUUCACCACCAGUAACUGUAAUCCUGCUGAUAUUCUUGUGCCUUGAGGGCCUCCUGUUUUUCACAUUCACUGCAGUUAUGUUUGGCACCCAGAUCCACUCCAUAUGCAACGAUGAAACGGAGAUCGAGAGACUGAAGAGCGAGAAGCCCACGUGGGAGCGCAGGCUGCGCUGGGAGGGGAUGAAGUCCGUCUUUGGGGGUCCCCCCUCCCUGCUCUGGAUGAACCCUUUCGUGGGGUUCCGCUUCAGGCAGCUGCAGGCAAGAAGCAGGAGAGGGGGCCCGGAAUUCUCCGUCUGAGGCUGGGCCCAGGCCAGCAGUUGCUCAUAGACUCCAAUCGGCUCUCUGAAGCUUGUCUGGGACCAGUAGGGCAAACGGAACCUACGCCAACCAAUUGCUUGCAGCAAGCAGAGUUUUCUAUAUUUAUAGUCACAGAUGCAGAGGCUCCAACCUGGAGCAGGAAGAUACUGACUCGUCUUCACCCGGUGUGCGGGGUGUGGCCACUCCCCAAGGCCCAGGGCCACCGUCUUCCUGCAGUGGCCAGGUUUUUGUUAAGACAACUUCGCAUUUUCUAAGCAGCUGUGUGGGAAACCACAUGGCUUGGUACCACCCUGGGGAGGAGCUGCAGUUUAGAUCAUGAAGAAGUCUACCUGGGAAGCCCCCACUGACCUGGGCUUCCUCAGUGCUCCCUGGCCACAGAUGGCACGGACACACACAUCUCAGACAUUUAUGCUGCACCUAAGUUCCAAAAGCUGUGUGUCCUGCCAGGCAUUCUAUUCUUCCAGGACAUCCUUUGUGAGAGCGCGAGUGAGUGUGUGUGCGCGUGCGCGCGUGUUUUGAAACCAGCGGUGGUGAUGAGACAGUAUAGAACACUGCACGGCUGCAAACAGAAAAAGCUGCUUUUUAGACACGGGCCAUUCAGGGAAGAGGGCAGACUGUCGCGGUGCUGCAGGUCAGAGGACGUCUUGACCAAAGAACCACCUGUCCCUGGGCCAUCCUGUGCUGUCUCCUGUUCUUGGUUUCUUCAAAUCGUGAGUGCAUCAGGGCUUUGGGAUGGACCCCCCCCCAAAACUAGAAGUGCAGGUAGCGCACACUCUCGGUGGCCCCGCACUGUGUCAUGGUGCAUUGUGGGGUGGGUGAGGGGGCAGCACCGGAGCACCACAGGAAGCAAGGUAUCUGCCUGAUGACAGCAGGCCACUUGCCCUAAGCGGGGGUGACUUCGUGCCUUGGUUGCAGGUGACAGUGGGAAAGGGGGUGAAGACACUGGACCGGUGGCAGGAGCCCGCUGAUCUCGGUGUUGGGACACUGGCGUGUGUGCCCAGCUCACAAGCACUGACAGGGCCCUUGCUGUGCGGCCACCAGCUGCACCACUUGUGACGCUGCCUCGGGGCCACGUUGUGACUGCAGGGCACCGUCUCUCCCUGUGCGUGUGUCUCCCGCCCUGCCUGUCCGUGGACUGUUCAUUAUUUUUUAAAACGAAACUGUACCCCAUCCUAAUCAGGGUUUAUACCACUGUUGAUGCAAAACCACCACGGGACCCACUUGAUGCCACCCGGAGCCAGGGAACAGACUGCACUGGGUCUGAGGUGGGCGAGGGGCCUAGCCUGGUGGGGAGAGGCCGCCUGCACAUCCACUCGCACUUGCUUUCUGGGUGUGUGUGUGCAGGGUCCUGUUUGUCAGGAAACAGACCAGGGGAGGGGCGGGCAAGUGCAUGCGGGUCUGAUGUACUUGCCUUUUCAGCCUCUUCUUUCAAUGUAAUUUUUCUAUGAAAUAAAGUAUCCAGUUGACCAUGCUCA